AUGAAGAAGGCAGGGCAGCAAAGCCCCGGAGGCUCCUCUUCAUCCAGUGACCUGCAGGGGACACCCAGCGAUGCAUCAGAGCAGAUGUGCCCCAAUCCACCUUCGCAGGAGGACGCCCUCAGAGUCACUUCACUUCCCCACCCCAAAGAGGCGCCCUACAGCAUGGAGCUGUUUAACCCCUGGCAGGACCUUCGGUGGUACCAGAUCCCCUUGUCAUCUUCAAGGAGGCCCAAAGCAGGCCUCUUCAGCUUUACAUUCCAGUCCAGCCUGGAGGAGUACCAGCAGCUCCGGAAGUCCAAAAAUAUGAAAAUUGGCCGGCCCUUCUCCAUGCCGCCUCUUUCUUCAGUUCCCUUGAUGCUCACGGAUGGCUCCCAGGAAGCACCACACAAGAGGCAAGACGGCCGCAGGCGCUCAAGAGCUGGUGAAGCCAAAGGUGGCAAAUCCCUCUCCUAUACCAAAGAGCCUCAGACCACUUUGCGGCAGAUUGAAAAAAGGUCCCAGAAAUGCAGGUCAUCAGCAGCCCGCUUUUUGUCCAAGAGAGACACAGGCUUCUUGGGAACUCCCAGCCAGGGACAGAAGAAGGGGCCUGGCAGCAGCUGCAGGAACAAAGAGGGGCAGCAAGGCCUCUCUUUGUAUCAGCACGGUCUCCCUAAUUUGUUUCCCCCUGCACCUCCCCUGGAGGAGGCAUCCCACAGCAGCCACAGCUCCAGCCUGUGGGGCAACCCAGACUCCCCACUGGAGGAAGAUCAAGAGGACGCCAUGUUCCCUCCAGACUGGUCCCCACCCCGCAUUGAAUUCCUGUACAAUGACGACCUGCCACCCUUGAGCCCAGCCCCAGACCCCGCCUCUGAGUACCAAAGCUUGGAGGAGAUGCCUGAUAUCACCCAGGAGCCAGCUGAGCUGCAUAUGAUGGAGUCCCCAGCCAAGGCCUCUUUCCCCACUGGGGACCAGCCACAGCUCCUGGAAGAGCCUGUGACCCUGCAGCCAAAGAAGGCAACCCUUCUGGAGACAGAGAGAGUUGGUCCUGCCCUCCCCAUGGCCAGUGUCUUUCACAUGGCAAGUGAGCAGCUGGAAGGAGCCCCGCUGGAGGGCCAAACCCAGACAAGCACCCAGAGGGCCUUAGAGCUGGAGUAUCCUUUCUUACCCUCUCCUAGCCAUCCAAUGGCCACACCACCUGCCACCUACCUUAGAAGCAGUGCCUCGGCAUCCUCCAAUGAGCUUUCUGGGGACCCAGUGAGGCUGCCCUAUGAUUCAGACCAAGAGGAAGACCCAGGCCCAGAGCAUCCCUCUUUUCCCAGCCCUGCCCAUGUCCUGAUGGCAUCCUCCAGCAUCUCAGCCUCCCCGGAUGAGCUUUCAGGUGACCCAGGGAGACUGGCUCCGGGCUCAGACAUGGAUGAAGACGCUGAUGACAGUGACCUUGUGUCUCUCAGAAACCUCCUGCAGAUGAGCAAUUCAGAUCUGGGCUCGGAGGAACUUUACACACUCCUUUCUUCAGAGCCAGACUGUUAUCUCAGCAGCCUUGACAAGCUCCUUGAGGAGAAAAGGGAACAAUCCCGUGCAGAUGAGGAGCUGGAAAGAAGCCUGGGGGAGAAACUGCUGCUCUCCAACUCGUUCAGUUUGGUGGAGGCAACGGAAGAGAAUGCAACCUUGUCUCCCGAGGCCCGCAGGUUCCUCCUGGAGCAGUUCCUUGUCAGCCAGGGCACAAUCCCAGCUGUUCAUCCCGGCGAAUGCAUCUUUGUGUUGCCUCCCUACCUGAGGACGGCUUUGACCCUUGACACUGUUCGGCUGAAACCACAGAAUCAGCUAGAAAGAUAUUUCUUUGGCGCUCCAUUUGCCCUCCAGAUGGCGCUCCUCCAAGACGGCUUCCUUGGCACCCUGUACCAUGGCACCUGCUCCUGCCCUCCGCCUCUCCUGCAGUGGCUCUUCCAGCUGAUGUCUUGGAGCCCAUUUGUCUCACCAGGUGCCUUCCAAACUCUCUGGGAAAUCACCACUCCUCAGAUUGCCUCAGCCGACAAGAUCCCAGAUCUUUGGUGCCCGAUGCUGAAGGACAUCACACAAGCCUUCUACAAUUUGGGAGCCUGUACAUCUGCCUUGUACCUUCCUGGGCUUGUUCAGCCGGAAUUCAGACCUAAAGAUGUGAAGGUUUCUGAACACCUUCCUGGCUCCGCAGACAUGAAGAGCGAGAGCCUUCCUGAGGGAGCGUCUUGGCAGCUCACCUUGACAUCAGUGCUUGGAGAUAUAUUUAAGUUUCUGACAUUGUGUGUGGCAUCCCAUCCGCACUCCUACCCUGACCGCCAUCGCUUGGCCCUCCUCGUGUUGCUCUGCCGGCUUGGCCUGGACAAGAACCUGCGGAAGCAUCCACAGACAGGGCUUCAGCAACUGCUGCUGGUCCUGUUUGAAGGCAUCCAGGACUGGUCAGGAAAGCUGCCAGAAUUGUGCAGGUCCCUCUGCCAUGUCUCACAGCACCAUCACAAUUUGGUAGCUGUUGUGCGUUCCUUUCCUGACACCACAGCCAGAGGACGACAACUGCGCAGGAACCUGAGUCUCUGUUUCAUUACGAAGCUGCUGGGAAAGAUGCAGACAGCAAUGAGCAGCAAGACCCAGUUGCAACAGCUUGUCCAUCUCCUGCCCCUCAUGAAGCCUGCCCUUUUGAAGCAGGGCCUACAGCAAGACCAGAGGCUUCAGGUGCAGCCUGGGAAAAACCAUCAGGAGGUGCUCGCUGAACUUGACCUGGAGGCCUGCUACCUCUGCUACAGCCUCCUGACACUGGCCAAUGUGGUUGUGGGAACCACGGCUGUCCCUCUAAGAGAUCAGAGGCACCUCCAGCAGCUCUGCAUCCAGCUGCAGCAACACAUCAGCACCGGCAUCCGGGAAGACGCUGGCCUCAUGUACCGCACUGAGCUCAAGGACCUGGCGGCCCAAACCUUUGUCAAGUGGGAGGAGCUGCAUUCUCGGGGCUGGCUCAAGAUAACCUCCCUGCAGGGCCAGAAUGAAAGCAUCUGAUGGGACAUAUCUCAAGAAACCAGGAGUUUGCCAGAGGGAGCAGCAGCAAGGAGCCCAGCAAAGCAGUUUGGUGGAGUAAGAACGCACAACACUUCUCCCCCCCCCAGUCCCCCCCCUUCCUAGUUCCU